UGGAGACAGCUUUGUUCCUGGGCAGCAGCAGGGCUGGCGGCUGCUGCAUUUCUCGGGGGAAGUGGUUGUGGUUUUCCCGUUCCCCUGUUUUUUUGUUUCUCAUCCAGCUUCCAGUCUGCUCUGCAAGUUUCAAGCCUUACCUUCUUACUGUCUUACUGGGUUACUUGUACAGUUGUAACGCUCUCUCUCGGGACCCUAGCUGGCGAUGCCCCUGGACUAAUUAAAAGUCUCCUCUGGAGGCCGAACUUGCUAAACUUUUUUUUUUUGAGGGAGCUUUCUGGCAGGGGACCCCAGGAGAAGGCUGCCUGCUGCUGGUAUCUUCUCCAGGGACCUGGGCCCAGGACGGAACCCUAGCUGGCGCCCCUUUGCCCGUCUGCCCUGCCAGGUGAUGCUCCUGUAGACCCUAAUAGCGUCCCUUCUCGGCCAAGAAACACUCGUCUCGAAGCACAAGAGAGCCAUGGGCACCCUCCGAAGGAACUCCACAGCCUUCCUGCUCUGGAUACUGCUGCUGUGGAGUGCAGGCAGCCAUGGGCAGGCACAGAGGGCAGGUUGCAAAACUGUGCACUACGACCUGGUCUUCCUGCUGGACACCUCCUCCAGCGUGGGCAAGGAGGACUUUGAGAAGGUGCGCCAGUGGGUGGCCAACCUGGUGGACACCUUUGAGGUGGGUCCCGACCACACGCGCGUGGGUGUCGUGCGCUACAGCGACCGGCCCAGCACGGCCUUCGAGCUGGGCCGCUUCGGCUCGCGGGAGGAGGUCAAGGCGGCCGCGCGGCUGCUGGCCUACCACGGGGGCCACACCAACACGGGCGACGCGCUGCGCUACAUCACCAGCCGCAGCUUCUCCCAGCAGGCUGGCGGCCGGCCCGGCGACCGCGCCUUCAAGCAGGUGGCCAUCCUGCUGACCGACGGCCGCAGCCAGGACCUGGUGCUGGAAGCCGCCACCGCCGCGCACCGGGCGGGCAUCCGCGUCUUCGCGGUGGGCGUGGGCGAGGCGCUGAAGGAGGAGCUGGAGGAGAUGGCCUCGGAGCCCAAGUCCGCCCACGUCUUCCACGUGUCGGACUUCAACGCCAUCGACAAGAUCCGUGGCAAGCUGAGGCGCCGCCUGUGUGAAAACGUGCUCUGUCCCAGCGUCCGCGUAGAAGGAGAUCGCUUUAAGCACACCAAUGGGGGAACCAAGGAAAUCACAGGUUUUGACCUGAUGGAUUUGUUCAGUGUGAAGGAAAUCUUGGGAAGGAGAGAGAAUGGCGCCCACAGCUCCUAUGUCCGGAUGGGAUCCUUCCCCGUGGUGCAGAGGACUGAGGAUGUGUUCCCACAAGGCUUGCCUGACGAGUACGCCUUUGUCACAACUUUCCGGUUCCGGAAAACAUCUCGGAAAGAAGACUGGUAUAUCUGGCAGGUCAUCGACCAGUAUGGCAUUCCCCAGGUCUCGAUCCGGCUGGACGGGGAGAACAAGGCGGUGGAGUACAAUGCUGUGGGCGUCAUGGAGGACGCUGUCAGGGUGGUCUUCCGAGGGCCCUGGGUCAGUGACAUCUUUGACCGUGACUGGCACAAGAUGGCCCUCAGCAUCCAAGGCCAGAACGUGACCCUCUACAUUGACUGUGCACUGGUGCAGACGCUGCCCAUUGAGGCCAGGGAGAACAUCGACAUCCAGGGGAAGACAGUGAUUGGCAAGCGCCUCUACGACAGCGUGCCCAUUGAUUUCGACUUGCAGCGCAUUGUGAUUUACUGCGACUCGCGGCACGCAGAGCUGGAGACCUGCUGUGACAUCCCCACCGGUCCGUGCCAGGUGACCGUCGUGACAGAGCCUCCACCUCCACCCCCACCCCAGCGGCCUCCCACCUCUGGAAGUGAACAGAUUGGGUUUUUGAAGACCAUCAACUGCUCCUGCCCAGCCGGAGAAAAGGGUGAAAAGGGCUUUGAUGGCCCAGUGGGACUUCCCGGAACAAAGGGAGACGUGGGGGUCCCUGGGCUGGUUGGAGCACCUGGACCCAAGGGAGAGAAAGGCGACUCGGGCAGAGGACCUUUCGUACAAGGAGAAAAGGGAGAAAAGGGUUCCCCGGGCCCGCCUGGCCCCCCUGGGAGAGAUGGCAGCAAAGGCAUGAGGGGGGAGCCGGGAGAGCCGGGAGAGCCGGGGCUGCCUGGCGAGGUGGGCAUGCGGGGGCCUGGAGGACCCCCUGGACUUCCCGGACCCCCUGGACACGUGGGAGCUCCUGGUCUCCAAGGAGAACUAGGUGAAAAGGGUGCCAGAGGAGAAAAGGGGGAGCGAGGCCUGGAUGGAUUCCCUGGGAAGCCAGGAGAGACAGGACUGCAGGGGAGACCUGGGCCUCCCGGUGUGGCAGGGCCCCAAGGAGAGAAGGGUGACGUAGGACCUGCUGGCCCCCCUGGCAUACCAGGCUCUGUGGUGCAGAAAGAGGGCCUGAAGGGUGAGCAGGGAGCACCAGGUCCACGGGGUCACCAGGGCCCACCUGGGCCACCAGGAGCUCCGGGUCUAAUGGGCCCACAAGGCAAGGAUGGACCUCCUGGUUUGCCAGGUCUUCGAGGGAAGAAAGGUGAGACGGGCCCUCCUGGAACUCCUGGGCUGCUGGGGCCGCAGGGUCCUCCAGGACCGCCUGGUGUCCCAGGACCCCCAGGGCCCGGAGGCCCCCCGGGCUUACCUGGUGAGAUCGGCUUCCCAGGAAAACCUGGGCAUCCAGGGCAAGUGGGGCCACCUGGAAAGGAUGGGCUGAACGGAGUGCGAGGCCUGCCAGGACCUAAGGGUGAACUAGGAGAAAGAGGAGAAGAUGGUCUACCUGGAAAACCUGGCCUCCGGGGUGAAGUUGGGGAACAGGGCCUGGCAGGCCGACCUGGAGAGAAGGGAGAGGCAGGUCUCCCAGGUGCUCCAGGAUUCCCGGGCAUGAGGGGAGAGAAAGGAGACCAGGGAGAAAAAGGUGAACUGGGACUUCCAGGACCGAAAGGUAGCCAAGGUGAAAAGGGUGAAGCUGGCCCAGCAGGUCCCCCUGGAUUACCUGGAACUACAUCCCUGUUCACACCACCCCCGAGAAUGCCGGGAGAGCAGGGGCCCAAAGGAGAGAAGGGCGAUGCAGGUGUGCCUGGGGAGCCGGGACCACAGGGCAGUCCUGGAGAACUAGGGCCUCGAGGACCCCCUGGACCACCGGGCACCAAAGGACAAGAAGGAGCCCACGGGGUGCCUGGAGCAGCUGGAAACCCGGGUGCUCCUGGAUCCAUAGGUCCCCCAGGUCCCAGUGGCCCCCCAGGAGGUGUGGGCCCCCCUGGCACCAGAGGCCCCCCUGGGAAAGACGGGGAGCGCGGUGAGAAGGGAGCAGCUGGUGAAGAAGGAACCCCAGGGCCAGCUGGGCUCAGGGGUGAUCCUGGGGCUCCUGGGCUCCCCGGGCCACCGGGAAAAGGGGAAGAUGGAGAUCCGGGACUCCGUGGACCACCUGGAUUACCUGGACCCCUGGGAACAAAGGGAGACCGAGGUGCACCUGGGAUCCCUGGCUCUCCUGGCAACCAUGGCGAUCCGGGCAUUGGCAUUGCUGGCUCUCCUGGCCCUGCUGGACCGCCAGGAGAGAAGGGGCCACCGGGAUCUCGAGGCUUACCUGGAUUCCCAGGGCCCCAGGGACCAGCCGGCCGGGAUGGUGUACCAGGAAACCCAGGAGAAAGAGGGCCUCCUGGCAAACCAGGUCCCUCUCCACUACUGUCUCCAGGGGACAUAAACCUCUUGGUUAAGGACGUGUGCAAUGACUGCCCUCCUGGUCCCCCAGGCCUCCCUGGUCUACCAGGUUUUAAAGGGGACAAAGGACUCCCAGGAAAGCCAGGGAGAGAAGGCACAGAAGGGAAAAAGGGGGAUGCUGGGCCCAGAGGCCUCCCAGGGCCCCCAGGCAUAACUGGACCACAGGGAACUAAAGGAGAGUGUGGUGUAGAUGGUGAAGUUGGGCAGAAAGGUGAUCAGGGCCAUCCUGGAGUUCCAGGUUUUAUGGGGCCCCCAGGGGACCCUGGACCACCGGGAGCAGGUGGAAUCACGGGAGCUGCUGGGCCACCAGGAAUCCAAGGACCCCCGGGGAAAGAAGGUCCUCCUGGCCCCCAGGGCCCAUCUGGAUUGCCAGGAAUCCCAGGAGAAGAAGGCAAAGAGGGCAGAGAUGGAAAACCAGGCCCCGCUGGAGAGCCAGGCAAAGCUGGAGAGCCGGGUCUGCCAGGACCGGAGGGGGCUCGAGGCCUACCUGGCUUCAAGGGACACGCUGGUGAUUUUGGCGCACCUGGUCCCCGGGGAGAGCCUGGUGCUAUGGGCCCCCCUGGCCGGGAAGGGUCUCCAGGAAAAGACGGUGAUGCUGGACCCACAGGGCCACAGGGUCCCCAAGGACUGAGGGGCCCUCCGGGUAAGAAUGGAUCACCUGGAUCUCCAGGAGACCCUGGUCCUCCAGGAGACCCAGGCCAGAAAGGAAGCAAAGGAGAAAAUGCCAGCCCAGGGCUUCCCGGCUUCCAGGGUCCCCGUGGGCCUCCGGGAGAACCGGGAGAGAAAGGAGUUCCAGGCAAGGAGGGUGCUGCUGGGAAGCCGGGAGAGCCGGGGUCCAAAGGAGAAAGGGGAAAUCCUGGAACCAAAGGGGACAAAGGGCCUCCUGGCGGGAAGGGCCAGCCUGGGGACCCUGGGAUCCCCGGACACAAAGGCCACACUGGCCUGAUGGGCCCCCAAGGACCACCAGGGGAGAAUGGACUGGCGGGACCCCCAGGGCCUCCGGGCCAGCCAGGAUUCCCAGGACUGAGGGGGGAGUCUCCAUCCAUGGACACCCUACGCCGGCUUAUUCAAGAAGAGCUCGGGAAGCAGCUGGAAACCAAACUUGCCUACCUCCUGGCUCAGAUGUUCCCAGUGCACACGAAGGCAUCUCAAGGCAGACCUGGGCCCCCCGGACCUCCUGGAAAAGAUGGGCUGCCAGGCCAGGCAGGUCCCAUGGGGGAGCCGGGCCGGCCAGGGCAGGGGGGUCUGGAAGGACCCUCUGGACCAAUCGGUCCCAAAGGUGAGCGAGGAGCCAAAGGUGACCCAGGUGUACCUGGAGUUGGCCUUCGAGGCGAGAUGGGGCCCCCUGGAAUCCCAGGUCUACCUGGGGAACCUGGCUAUGCUAAAGAUGGGCUUCCUGGGAGCCCUGGUCCUCAAGGGGAGACAGGACCGGCUGGACACCCUGGUCCCCCAGGCCUGCCUGGCCCCCCUGGCCAGUGUGACCCCUCCCAGUGUGCCUACUUUGCCAGCCUCGCUGCCCGCCCAGGUAAUGUGAAAGGUCCCUAGAAGAUUCCAGAGAGCCUGGAGACUGCGGUGGAUUUCCUGAAACUUGAACUCAGCGUCCAAUGGGAAGCCAGAGGUCUUGAACACUUCAGCCAUGUGCAUUUGUCUUUCAAUUUCUUUUAUCGUUUGUUUUUGUUUUACUUUUGUGGGAGACCUCAAAAUUAUUAAAGCCAACAGAUGCUGCUGGUCGGUCAGAUUAUUAUUAAUAUUAUUAUUGUGAAUUAUUAUAUUAUUAUUGUUUCCUAUGCUGAUGCUUUGUGAGAUAUUUCCUCACUCCUCUAGACUCGGGAAAACUUGAUGUGUAGGGUGGUGGAUUUUUUUCUCCAUUUUUCUGACAGCCCCAAGCUGAACUCUAGCUGCCAAUUUUAAGGAAACUCUUGGUGCUAUGAAAUCCUGAUCAGACACUUGCCAAAUUUGCCUCUUUCCUCCGAAGGAAACUUUAAGAAAAUGAACCAUUGUGAGCUUGUAUUCUUAGUUGUGCCAGAGGUCAACCAGGGAGAAAUUAUCCCCAUGUCGCUGCUUCCCAGGAGAGAGAAAAGCAGUCGGCAGGGAGAGAAUUCACAGGCGUGAAGAACAUUCCCUCCUGCUGAUGGGAAGUGUGCACGAAGAGCCAGAAAUCGGUCUCUAGGGACACUGAGCACCCUUGAUUUCUCAAGCUUGCAGAAGGAAAACUUUGUUGGUUGCCAAUAGCUUGGUGGGCUCUGUGUCGGGGCCAAAGAUGAGAAACCAUACGGACAGAGCAGCCCCUGAGUACUGAUGUGGCCUCUAAGCCCUGGAUAGGACUCUCCAAGUUCCUCAUUGUCAGUUUCAGUCAUGUUAAUUGUAAAAAAAAGGUGUCCAGUGGCCGCCCCCUUCUUUCCCAGUGGAUGGGAACUGGUCGGACCACCAUCCGCAGCUGGAAAGCCUCUAGAAUCCCAUCUCUGAACAAACCGCAUUGGAGUGUUGUGUGUUUGUGGCAUGCCCGCACCAGCAGGUGCUCAAUAAACCUGAGU